AUGACCGAGUAUCUGCCUGAUUCUUGCUCGUACCAACGGCAAGCAUGCUGGCGGCCGGGGCGGCCGCAUAUUCUUCAAGCCGUUGCCGCGCUUCCUCCUCGAGCCGCCCUUCUGGGGGAGAACCUGCGAUGCUCGCAGCGCCGGGUCCACUUGUGGACCAGCAACCGUUUGCCUAUGGGGACUGUCGGGAGCACGCCAUCGGCUUCUGCUCUCGUCAAGGGGAACUACCUCCUGCCCGAAGAGGUGCACGGCCGGCUCAACAAGAUACAUUAUCUCUGGAGGACCCCGUUUCGCGGCUACAUGGCUCACUGGAACCAGUACGGCUCGUUCUUUGGCGACAACUUUGCCUGGCUGCCAAGCUCGACAGUCUACGUCGCCAUAGUCCUGACGGCGAUGCAGGCCGGCCUCGCGACGGAGCUCCAAGAGAAUACAGCCCUCCAGUCGGCCUUGAACGGCGUCACUUUUCCAUCCUGGGGCACUCGUCGCCGCAGGCUUCGUAAUGGUCGUGUUCUACUCUAUGUUUAUCAGCAACUAGGUCGCUACGAGGUGCUACAUAAAGGAGAGAUGGGGAAAGGACAGGACGUCGGCCUUCGCCUCUCCAAGACAACGGAGCUCUCAUGGACGCUCGCGGGCCACGUCUUGCUACCCUCUUCCCGCCUUGCCCGCUUCAUCGUUCGAUCAGGCGUGCAGCAGUCGCUGGAAGCCUCAACGCGAGAAGUGAGCAGCGAAGGAGUCUCGCCGAUCUGA